UUUUCUUGCCAUUGAGUAAUGUAGGGAAACCGGGAAACCGCACUCUUUCGGGGAGUUGUUUUCUAAAGAUUCUACUGAAAUCAAGUGCUGAUGAUCACAUAGCAUAUUAGAUGGCUAGUCCUCUUGAAGCCUGAAUCACAUUGCCAGAAGGAUGGAAGAAGUAGUGAGCAAUGCAGCACUUCAAGGAGAUGGACAACCAGAAAAUGUUGUAGUUAACUUGAGAAGAAUUUUUGUUGAUGAGUCACGUGAUUUGAAUUGUCCAAAAGAUUGUGAAAUGUCAACAGAACAGGCUACUGUUGACCUAAGUGAUAAAACUAAAACAGAAAAUGGUGUGAAUCUUCCUAAAACCCAACAUGGAGGUCUUGUUAAAUGCGAUAAUACAGAAACCGUGAGUGCAGAAAGGAAUCAAAUGUUGAGAGAUGAACCAAUCAGUGAAUCAGAGUUUCAACUGCUGUUUGUGAAUCUAGAUAAUCUUGAAAACAAGAAUCCGUAUGUGAACCAGCAUAAUUUGGAAACGACUUUUGGUCCUGGUAAUGGAUUCCCUAAGACUCAAAUAAAUAGUGAUGUGCCAGAGAGCAAUAAUCCUUCACUAAAAAGAGGUCGUGGAAGACCGAAAGGAUCCACCAAUAAAAGCACUGCAAAGAAGUUGAAAAAGAAAGAAUCAAAGACAAAGCAGAAGCGAUUUGUUUAUCAACAAACCGAAAUAUUGCCGGACAGGUUGAAGAAGAAAGUGAAAGUCGAGUCGGAUGUUGUCAUUAACUUGACAAAGAGGAUAAUUGCACCCGUAAUGGAGAAAACCUUCGAACUAAAGGAGAAUGUUGACAAAAGCACCUGGAAGCUCCUAGAUAAAAAGUCGAUUGUCUGUGCUCUUUGUAAUAAGCCAGGAAACUUUGCUGUUCUUGGCCCUCUCUUUGGUCCUUAUAGACUGAGUGUGAAUAGUGACCCGGGAAGACAAAAACAGCCACACAAAGAUGAAAAGACCCUUUUUAUUCGAUUGCACAGAGACUGCAGUAUAUGGACCCCUGGAAUCUGCAUCAUAGAAUCAGAGCUGCGUGGCAUAGCGGGUGCCAUUUCGGAAGCUGCUAGAAAGAAAUGCAACAUCUGUUCUGAAAUUGGUGCAUCUCUUGUCUGUCUCAAUGGUGCUUGCACGAGAUCAUUUCAUUACGUCUGUGCCAAGCAAACUGGAUGCGCCUUCAAUUCAGAAGAUUUAACAAUACGCUGUCCUAGCCAUAAGUGAUGCAACAACUUCACCUGGAUAGCCUGAAAUGUGCGUUUCAAGUACUGACUGCGAGAGGUUCCGUAGAUGUAUUAUUGUCUCAAAGUUAACUGUGUACACCAAAUUGAACUUUAAGCAAUUUAGACAGAAGGUGUCUUUUCAUAACGUCUUUCUCAUAACUUGGAAGCUUUCAGUUUGCUGGUUAAGCGUGCCCAUCAUGUAUAUGCAAAUUUAUUGAUCUAGCUAUGUGUCACAAAAAUGAAAGCUUUGUGUCCAUUUUUGUAGUGGCACUGCAACUAUGAUGUUUCUGGAUGAAGGUUUAACAUGUGCUUAGUUUUAAAAUACGAAGGAAAGAUGAGAAAGAUGGUUCUUGAAUAGUAUGCAACAAUUGAUCACCAGUCACUGGUCCAAAUUAAAUGUAGCGAACUUCUUUAUUCUUGAAGCACGCUGGUCUUCCCAUGUACCAGCACCAUUUAACCCUAAUGCAUGAUGCCUUUCAGGAUGCCACUACCUUAAAAUUGGGUAUUAAAGCUUGAAAGUAGGAUUUUGUUUGUCUUCCAUCUUUUUCAAGGCUUUAAAUUGGUCGUGUCUGCUUCUGCCGUGCCGUGUCUAAUGAAAGCACUGACUGUCAUUAAGCGAGGACACCACUUGAAAUAGUACAGAAUAUGCAUGUUUAUUCAGAAGUGUCUAUGCCUUAAUCAAAUCAAAGGGAUUUUUUAGACAAGUGAUGUCAGAAUUGACUGGAUACCUUUCAAUGAGCAUUGCUAUGGAGAUGUUGUCUCUGUACGAAGAAGAGUGAAUAUUGACGAAAUUUAUUCAACAGUUUUCCAAAAUGCCGUUUGUUUGAGUUCAAGCGCCAGUGAGUCGAGUAUUUUCCAGCAGUAAAGUGAACUAUGAUUACACAUCUCUACUGAAAGUAUGGUUAGUAAGAAGCGCAUAGCUUCGUUUCAAGUAAGGCUGUCAUUUACAACAGUAUGUAAGCGAAUGUGAAUGUUCAAGCAUGGUGUGGGCUCUAUGAAUGCAAUCAUUUUUGACAGCAAUUAACCUACUGAAUCAAUUCAAUAAUAGGGUGGGAAUGAUUGCCGUUAAAUGCUAUAAAUGCAAGCGUUUCUUUCUAAUUUAUAAUUUGAUCGAUUAAAUGCAAGCACCUGUUCUCAUUUUCAAGUUGCUCCAUCCAGGUCUUGGCUUGGAGACGGGGGGCUUCAUUGGAAUCUUUUCCUAUAUCCUGGAUAUACCUGUUUAUAAGCUGCUUCUUGCUGGUUUUAAUAACCAUGAACAAUUUUUAUUUCUAGCCUUUAUAGACUUCUGUACAGCCGCCUCGAGAAGCCAUUGGGGGUGUCUAUUUGCUCACAGAGCAUUUUCUCAUUAGUAGCAAAAGAUGCAUUGGUUCUUGCUUCAUCUGGUCAGGUUUAGUGAAGAAAUGUGUGGUCAUUAUAAGCCUUUUUUCUGACAGUUUUUUUUUAAAUGAUUGCACUUCAUAGGUCUGCUUUACCCCCGUGACACCUGCUUCGCGUUCUAUGAAUAAUUUUAUGGCUCAGACAAUUCAAAUCUUUAACCAUACCCUAAAGCUUUUAGAAUUAUGGCUGAGAUGUCAUGAAAAUUUGGAAACAUUAACCUUACGCUCAAGCUUAGUGCUAAUUUAGCCUACUAAGCGAGCAGGUAUCAAGCGAAAGUCAGCCUGUCCGAUCAUAUCAUUUUGUCAACAUUUUGCUUUUUAUAUCCAUGGAAACGUGCAUUCGCAAUAUGGUCAUACGAUGAGUUACGACGAUGGAAGAAUGCUGCAUUCCUCGUAAUUCUGUGCUAUUUAGUGAGAGUAUUGGCAAAUGGCAUCCAAAAGGACUAUCGUCAUCAAGUUAUGCCUUUUCCUUCACAUCUUGGAAGUUCUCUUGGGAAUUGUCUUGACAGUAUUUUCAUUUUUGUUGGAAAAUGCUGCUGACGUGAGUUUGGCUGAAACAGCCAGCUGGCUCGGUAUACCAUGUGCACUAUUUGGCCUCGUUGGAAUAGUCAUCAUUGUUUUAAACAAAUUAAAGGAAGAGCUCGUUUUUGUAUUAGUCUUUCAUGGACUUGUCAUUACCCUUUCCAUCAUAUGUUUGAUUCUUGUUGCUCCGAAAGUCGUCAGAUGGGAACCAGUUUCAAGCUAUCAAACAUCGGGCAAAUGUCAUCAGUUAAAAGGAAGCUGCAAUUGUACUGUGCCCUUACCAACUACAGUGUAUAAGUGCGUUGAUUUAGCCGGCAUUUACGAUUUGGCCCUGAUCAUUGCUGUCAUUGUUGGACUGUGCUUAGCGAUUGGUGUCUUGGCCGCAUACUUUGACUUUCUUAUCAUCAGCAAAUACGUUCCAAAGGAUAAUCAUAUGCAAAAUUCGAAUCAGACAAAGAAAGGAGUUUACGACCAAGAACACCUUGUAGAUUUAUCUGAAGAUAUUGGACAUAUUGGACCUCUUAACACGCCAGACCUAGUGCCGAAAUUGGAUGACGAGAUUCCCUCGAGAGUCAUCUCAGUAGAAUGGAACAGAUGCAGUGAGGCAGAAGUGCCCUUGGAAGAGGUAAUGCAAGAAGUUGAGAGAUAUUCAAUGGGUAGUGCAGCCUCACUUCCAGUCUGUCAUUCUGCUGGUGACCCUAAACCUGAGCAAUUAGACAAAAAAUCUCGGCCUUCUUCGAUGCCUAACUCUGUCACUGGCAGCAAGCAAAGCAUUCGUUCCAGGAAAGACACACUUUUGCGACGUCUGCAAACAGUACAGGCACGUAACCAGAACGACGAAAAUGGUGGUGAGGACGACCAGGACGAUGCUUUAUUGAAUGAGCUGGAGAAAAACUCUCGAUCCUCUUCUGCUGGUCAGCUUGAUGGAAAUGCUUCUCCCAUAAAUGGCAACAACAUCCAUGAAAGCAACAAUCAAGCUAAAAAUCCUGUUAAAAGUGCAUCAAGAAAUGCAACUGGUGCAGAAGAGGGAGGAGAUGUAUCCCCAAGAACUUCAACCCAAAAGGCCGAUUCAAAACGAAGCUGUUCGGAGAGCAAUUUUAAUCAAAAGAAUAUCAAAGGACAAUCACAAAAAGUUGAGGCUCAACGAAGUCUUUCAGAAGGAAAUGUUGUUGAUGAGGUGCGAAGGAACUCUAGGAUUAGAUCUCUUGGACAAAUAAAGCCAACAGAUUCAACCGAAUUGAAAGAUGCGUUUAAGAGUGGAGAAGGUAAUGGCGUAGAUGGAAGAGAAGAGGCAGAUCAAGAUGAAUUGGCUCAAGGAAAUGCAAUCUCGCAAAGUCCAUCUCGUCGCUCUGGCUAUGCUAAUCGAGAGUUUUAUGGACUCCCGCCAAUACCGCUUAAGGAAUUAAAAGCUGAUCUUUCAAUCCAAGAAAGGACAUUUUCGGCACCCUCUUUGCCAUACUUUGAUUUGAACACCAAAGAAACAAUUACCUUGCCAAGAGCAAUUAGGCCAGGAAGUUCAGGAAGUCAGGUUCUUGCGAGAGACAAGAGGCGAGAUCUGCCACAGACCCGAAACAAUCUCAUUGACGAUGAACUCCUCGUUCACCAAACAAGUAAUCUUUAUGAGAAGCAAGACAGCAUUUCUGAACAAGAUGACGAGCCACGACGGAGAAAUUCUUUCGAGACAGUAUCAACUGACAUUGACAUAGACGAUGGGGCAAAUAUUUCGGAAGCUUCUGAUGAGCAAGGAAAGAAACCGAGAUGGCAUCCACCCUGGCAGUUGAAACAAGAAAUAAUUGCACACAAAGAGUCGAUUCCUGUGCUGGCGAUAGAGCCAAGAAAUCGCUGGUUUGCAUCUGGUUCAGCAGAUAAAACUAUCAAGAUAUGGGAUCUAAACAAUGGCAACUGCAGACUGACAGUGAAAGGACACAAAGCUGGGGUUCGUGCACUCACCUUUGGGAGCAGCGGUCACAGGUUCAUCUAUUCAGCUGCCGAUGACAGGCAGCUCCUCUGCACUGACAUUGAAGUCAACAGGAUUGUCACUCACUAUCCUGACCAAAGCUCUGUUAUUUAUGCAAUGGGGAUGUACAGGCAGGCUGAGUUGCUAGUGACCUGCGGUAGGGAUAAAUACGUCAAGAUAUGGGACACGCGGGAGAAGAAGUGUAUAAAAACAAUGCGAGGCCACAUGAACAGCGUGUCUUCGAUUGCAAUUUUAGAAAACAGCGGACAGAUUGUGAGUGGUAGCCAUGAUAGUACGAUGCGCAUAUGGGAUAUUGGCGAAGGUCGUUGCACCCAGAUUCUAACAGGCCACGAAAAAAGUGUCAGAUCAAUUGUCAUCCACCCAGAAGAGCCAGUAAUAAGUUCAGCUUCAACUGAGAGAAUUAUUCACUGGAGCAUGCCAGACGGUGAAAAAAUGAAGGAAAUCACACCGCAAGACAUUUCAAUAAACUGCAUCUCGGUGAAUCCUCAAGGGGCGUUGGUCGCUGCAGGUUCAAAUGGAGUCAUUCACUUAUGGGACUGGAAAAGUGGUCACAAAUUUCAGAAGAUCCAUCGAACAAGAGUAUAUGAGUCGCAAGAAGUUCCAAUUUGCGUAUUUUCAACAGUUUUUGACAAAUCUGGAAGUCGGCUUUUGGUAUCAGAUGCAAGUAAUAUCAUAAAGGUUUAUGGUGAAGCGUACACAAGGGUAAGGAGACGAUUCAAUGUCCCAGAAGAAAAGAAACAGCGAAGGACCACAAGCUCUGGACGAAUGACUGGAAAUAAUGCUUUUAGUUGAACAUGAACCUAAAUUUCAAUCUGGCUGUGUUGGCAACCAAUGGACAAUUCUCACGUUCCCGAAACAAUAAAAGAUGUCAGAUGACUAAAUGUGUUCCUCGGUGUCCAUGAACAUACAGAUAUUCGAUUGAGUGAUGUUUUUUUAUGAAAUCGUUUUUAUGAUUGCAAUCGUGUUUUAGUCUACAUGGGCGGCGCCAGGUGUAGGGCUGGGGGGCUCCAGCCCCCCCUCCCCAAUUUUUUUGCAAAAUAGUGUUUUUAAGAGAAUUAAAAGAAUAGAAAAAAUAGAAAUAGAAGAAAAGAAUAUUGCGAUAAAUCCUUUUACAGUAUUGCUUUAUUUGAAAGAAAUAAGCCGGGGUCUAUGGUGUCCCAUAAAGUAACGAAUUCCAUUUUAAGACUGGAAUUAAUCAAGCAAAAAAAACCAUGCCUUAAAAAUAGCAAAAUGUUUGCAAAAAAGGACCGCAAAGAAUAUUCUGAACUAUUUUUUAAGCUAGUCUAGAGGGCGUGGCUGCUAAAAAUUACUGCUCGCUUCACUCGCAAAAUUUUCUGCUCGCCCACUCUUUGGAUAUACCUAAGGCUCCCGACAAACUCUCGCCGCCCUUUCCAAUAAAAUCAUAGGCAUAAAAUACCGUGAAGCAUUUCAGUGCGUUUUUUUCAAAAGUUGGUUUUUUAGUCUAAUAAUGUUAUCAACACUUUGAAUUUCUUGGCGCCGCCCCUAGUCUAUACUGAUAAAAAAAAUCAGAUUGCAAGAUUAACUCAACAAGGUAGAUGAGUUUCACAAGAUUGUGCAUUCAUUAAAUUAUAGUUCUCGUUUGAAAGAGACUAAGAACUGUAGACUGUUUAUUUAAAUAUGUAUUGUUCCAUGAAAUUUGCCGUUUUAAUGUCCUGGUAAGGAGGCCUUUUAGAUCAUAUUUUCAUUGAACCCAUUCCAGGGCACCGUUCUCCAUUUAGACAUUUACUACCACGAACUGGAACAGGAUUCCAUUUCUCGCAGUAGUUAGCCUUCAUUUGCCUUGUGCCCUAGUCCCUAGUGUUGAAUAGCUAGCCUUCAUUUGCCUUGUGCCCUAGUCCCUAGUGUUGAAUAGCUAGCCUUCAUUUGCCUUGUGCCCUAGUUCCUAGUGUUAAAUAACUAGCCUUCAUUUGCCUUGUGCCCUAGUUCCUAGUGUUAAAUAGCUAGCCUUCAUUUGCCUUGUGCCCUAGUUCCUAGUGUUAAAUAGCUAGCCUUCAUUUGCCUUGUGCCCUAGUUCCUAGUGUUAAAUAGCUAGCCUUCAUUUGCCUUGUGCCCUAGUUCCUAGUGUUAAAUAGCUAGCCUUCAUUUGCCUUGUGCCCUAUUUCUUAGUGUUAAAAAGCUAGCCUUUAUUUGCCUUGUGCCCUAGUUCCUAGUGUUAAAUAGCUAUCCUUUAUUUGCCUUGUGCCCUAGUUCCUAGUGUUAAAUAACUAGCCUUCAUUUGCCUUGUGCCCUAGUCCCUAGUGUUGAAUAGCUAGCCUUCAUUUGCCUUGUGCCCUAGUUCCUCGUGUUAAAUAGCUAGCCUUCAUUUGCCUUGUGCCCCUAGUUUUAAAUACCGUAAAUCCUCGAAUUGGCCCCCCUUCGAAAAAGCCCCCCUCUCGAAUAAGCCCCCACCAUAGAGCUAUAAACUCUCAAUAAGCCCCCCUCGAAUUAGGCCCCACUGUUACCAUAAAUUCUCGAACUUGACCCAUCAAUUUGACGAUUUUUGCCAUCUGAGGUUGCCUUUAGCGUCUUAUUGAAUUGCCAAAAAAAUCAUACUUUUGGUAAUAAUUAAUUAAAUUCUCAUAAAAAAUUCCUACUAAAAUAAACGAGUUCUUUAAAUAAUGUCUCCUUAAUGUCUACAAUAACUUUUUAAGCCCCCCUCGAAUAAGCCCCCAUCCAAAAAUAUAAAAAAUAAAUUAGCCCCCAGGGGACUGAUUCGAGGAUUUACGGUAGUUAGCCUUCAUUAAACUCUAGUCCUAGUCCCUAGUGUUAAAUAGCUAGCCUUUUCUGCCUUUUGUACUCAUAAUGUGACUUAUUUGUCUGAUUAGCAAGUAUUUUUGGCAGCUCGGGCUACAUGAUAUGAAAAAUUGAGCCUCCUUUUUUUGUAUUUCAUCUGCCGUAUUCGUGGUAAAACGUUGCUAUGGUAUUGAGCCGACUGGACGUGAUAAGUUAUAAAGGUACUUAGCAAAAGGCUUUUCGAAUUUCAAAGUCAAACACAGCCAUUAGACGGGAAUAAAAGCCGCUAGUUGCUUUGUUUUCAACGACAAGGUUCAGAAAUGUACAAAAAAUUCACUGUUCAAUCAGGUUUUUAAAAUAUAUUUCAAGCAAACUGCUUAAUUAAUAACAGGUUUAAACAUCACAUAAUAGGAAGUUUCACAAUUCAUACUGUUCAAACACACGAUACUUGUUACUUGAGACAAAACUCAGAAAAAUCAUCGUCAAGCAAUCAUCUGUUUUUGACAAAGUCCUUCAUUUCCUCUAUCGUUGGCUUGAAUCUGUCAAUAUUGCCACCAGGUGUUCUUAUAUAUGCUACAAAACAGAAGAAAAGGCAUCAAUUAAAGUCUACUAACUUCCUGCGCUUAGUCAAGACCGUAUUACACAUAUAUAAAAAUGGAAUAAAGCGGAGAUUUUCUCACAAUUAGCAGACUGCUUUUUCAUCGCCAGAAAAUUAUGAAACUGAAUUCCUAGUCAAUAUGAUAUUUUCCAUACACGAUGUCCUUGCACCCAGGAUAACGAUAUACCAGCUAGUCUCCGAAUAAUGAACUGUCUACAUAAGAAAACGUCGUAAAUGUUAACUUUAUCUCAUCAAUAAGACAAAAGAGGCCAUCAAGAGGAAUACCGCUCAUUCAAGCAAUUUUCAGAUAUUUUAACAAUGUCAUAAUCAAUCUUGUUCGAGACGGGGCACUUUCAAGUGCUUGUUAAUGAUCAAAAUCUUUUAAUGAAUCACAAUACCCUCUUGUAUUUCAAUAUUAUUGUUAAAGAACAAUUCUGAGUGCAUCGGCUACAUUCUAUCGCAAACUUUGCAAGCCUUGAUCUUCACAUUUGUUCUUCGCAAGUUCAAAGUCCUAAGCUCAAAUGUUUAUAAUAAAGAACAUUCUCCUUUAUUCCUUGCAAAAGCCCUGGACGCACUAACAAGAUUUCAGGAAAAACUUCUGACAAACUUAAUCUCUAUUGUUCAUAGAAAAAAGGAAUUAAGCUUGUUAGUAAACAAAUGCUGAUUUUCCAGUUCAGCCACCCAAAGGCCCUGAACGCACAGAUUUCUGACAUAAAGCUCAUUAUUUUUGUCAAAGUGGAAAAUCAAGAAAACUUUUUCACACAUGAACUGCAGAGCGCUUGAAUUUCCAAGCGGAAAUCAGAUUAUCUUUGUCAAACUUGAAAAAUUAUUCUCGAUUUUCCAACUUGACAAAAAAAUGCGUUCUACGUCAGAAAUCCGUGUGUCCAGGGUCAAAAGCAAGAGCGUUAAACUCAGACCCUGUUUACACUGUGCCGGAUAAAUUUUAUCCGCAUCAAAAUUAGUUCAGAUAGGCGCAGCGUUUACACUAGACCCACGCUAUCCGCACGAAUUUGAGAGCGGCUAUCCGAGCAAAAUUAGUUCACCUAGGAAGGUGGAUUAGAUUAAUUCGGAUAGCUAUGUGGUACAAUGUUUAAGGGUUUUAUCCGGAUAAAUUUCAUCCACAUCGCAUCUUGCUCGAAAGUGAUUGGCUAUUUCAUCCUAUUUAGUUUUCACUGUCUCCCAAUCAAGACAUUUCGCCACAUGGACUGCCUUGUAAUCGAUAAAUACUCGAAAUUACUUUUAAAUUUUGGUCUUCUCAAUUAGACUUACUUACAGUAAAUUGCUCCUCAUCAUUUUACCUUCAGUGUAUCUACUACUGGCAUAAAGCCCGCAAUUCAAGAGAAAUUUUCUGGUCUGGAAAGAGCUGAGCAUUUCUGGCAGCUUUAAAAAAACUAUCCUCAGAUAACAGACCACAAAUGAUUAUUUAACAUGAAGUAUUUAAGCAAAAUUGAACUGAUCUUGAUACUGUGCUGUACCAAAAGCUAAUGAACUAUCACAUCCGUUUAACUGGUUUCACAAUGAAUCUUGUUCCCGUUCCCAAAAGGCGCAUCUAAUCGAAAAGAGUAUGUCAAUUAUUUACCCUUAUUUCUAAAAUAGAACAGACUUUUUAUUGUAACAAUAAAGGCCUUACUUUUGUUAUCCCUGUAGUUAUCCCAGGCUGCUAAAUAUUCCAAUGCCAUUUUCCUGCAAUUCUGUUUAUGGUUGACAGGAUCUCUGGCAUAACACUUUUCCAGUCUUUCGCGAUAUAUUUUGAUCAUCUCAACUUCAACUAUUCGAGCAUGGUACCACUCAUCUCUGGCCCGUGCAAAUGCUACUAGAUCUCCUUUAGGAAGAUCUGAAAAAAAGUUCUCUGGCUCAGAGAAGCUAAAGUUUUCCUUGGCCUUCUCCUUUGCCUUCAAUAACGCUGGAUCUGAUGCCAUUUUGAUCCUACAAAAAACCAAAAACA